CUUUAGCUCUCUCUCCAGCGGCUUUGAAUAAAAUCCUGAAUAGGAGGAGGUAUUUUUUGCAUCCUUCGCGCUGUCGUCGAAACGUGUCGCCGAGCUGGGGGGAAAUUCGGGAAAGGGGAGCCGCGCUGGAGCACCGCACAGCACCGACACACGACGCGGCACAAACAUGCUCACUCGGGUUAAAUCUGCGGUGGCCAAUUUCAUGGGAGGCGUUGUGGCUGGUGGCGCUGAAGGUGACUAUUCCGGAUCAGAACUGCCGCUGAAAUUCCCAUACACGAGACCCGAGUUCCUAGGACUGACCCAGGAUGAAAUCGAGUGCUCCGCAGAUCACAUAGGGCGGCCGAUUCUCAUCCUCAAAGAGACGGAGAGAUUGCCGUGGGCCACUGGUUACGCAGAGGUGAUCAACGCAGGUAAGAGUUCCCUGAAUGAGGACCAGGCGUGUUGUGAGGUGGUGGUGGUGAGAAAGAGAACAGGAGACUCCACCACCCCCAUUAAGACCCCCACCGCCAAGAGAAGAUCCUCGCUGCCCAACGGAGAAGGCCUGGGGUUGAAGGAGAACAGCGCUGACUCAGAGAGUCUGGUAUUCUACUACUGGGCAUUGUUCGAUGGCCACGCCGGCUCCGGGGCUGCAGUAGCAGCCUCCAAGCUCCUCCAACACCACAUCGUCGAGCAUCUCCAGUCUGUCCUCGAGGUCCUAAGGAACCAUGCCGUUUUACCGCCCACCAUCUUCGGUGAGGAGUCUAACCACCACAUGACCCCAGGGAUCCACCGGGCCACCCUGACUCGGGCCGCGUCACUCCGUGGAGCCGCUGGCGCCCCCAGCUCCCCCUGCACCCCUCCACCACAGAGGUUCUUCACAGAGAAGAAGAUCCAGCACGAUAGCCUGGUGAUGGGAGCCAUGGAGAACGCCUUCAAGGAAAUGGAUGCCCAGAUAGAGAGGGAGAAGCAGAUGUAUAACAUCACUGGAGGAUGCACAGCACUGUGUGUUGUUUAUCUGCUUGGAAAGCUAUAUGUGGGAAACGCAGGAGACAGCAGGGCGAUCAUUAUAAGGGACGGGAAGGUCAUACCCAUGUCCACAGAGUUCACUCCAGAGUCAGAGAGACAACGGCUACAGUUCCUGGGCUUCAUGCAGCCUCACCUAUUGGGAGGAGAGUUCACCCAUCUGGAGUUCCCUAGGAGAGUACAGAGGAAGGAGGUGGGCAAGAGGAUGCUCUACAGAGACUUCACAAUGAAUGGAUGGGCAUAUAAAACCAUAGAAGAUGAGGACCUGAGGUUCCCACUAGUCUACGGCGAAGGGAAAAAGGUUGUUUGUGCCAGAGUAAUGGCCACCAUAGGCGUGACCAGAGGUCUUGGUGACCAUGAUCUUAAAGUCCAUGAUUCCAACAUCUACAUCAAGCCUUUCCUGUCCUGCUGUCCAGAGGUGACGGUGUACAACCUAAACCAAUACGAGCAUGGUGCUGACGACGUCCUGGUGAUGGGAACAGAUGGCCUUUGGGACGUCCUCUCCAACAAGGAAGUCAACGAAUCAGUCUCCACCUUCUUGGCCAACUGUGACCCCGACGACUUAUACAGGUACACGAUGGCUGCUCAGGAUCUGGUGAUGAGAGCGCGGGGAGUACUGAAGGACCGAGGCUGGCGGAUCACUAAUGAACGGCUGGGAUCUGGAGACGACAUCUCCUGUUACAUCAUCCCUCUGAUGUACGGAAACCGCCAGCCCUAGAACCACCUACAGACCAUGAAUGGAGCAGACUCCCAUCUCUAUGGCAAGCUCCCUCCUCAACCAGCAGUACUGUACCCCUCUCUUUUUGACUCUCUCUCUCUGUGUCACCCACCUCUCAGUGCUGUACUAUAAGUGAUAAUCCUUCAAGAUGUUACAAUGUUCCCUUCUUCGUCUUAUGUGACCUAAGAUCCCAGUCAUAUGAUGCUGACCUGUGAAGCUUUGUUUCCUGCUUUGCCACAGUGUGGCUUCAGAGGAGUCACUUCCUGAAGUACAGUGUUUCUUUCAGACCUACCAAGUUUGAGUACAGACAGGUGUUUGUCUGGCAGAAAGUGGUUUUUACUAAAAGUAUGUCGUUUUUGUAGUAUGUAGUUUUCUAAAACAUCUCACUCGUCUCAACUGGAAAGAGAGGCUGAACUUAGUGAAGAUCACAUUUUUUGACUUGGUGUAGCCUACGUAAUGAAGAUUCUGUAUCCCUCACCAUAAUCUGACUGAGCAAGGUGCAAUAGUUUACUAUGGUACUGUUUGUGUAUGACUUGAUCUUGUUUUUUCUCAUUGGUGUAAAAAUGGCCAUAGUCAUUCAAAAAACAAUAAGUUAAGAGUUCUAUCUUAUAAUGUAUUCAUAGACCAAGACCCACGUUCUGUUACAAAUCUUAUGAUGUAGCUGUAUAUUUAUUUCUGUUAGAUCAUUAUUUUAGCCUGAUAAUGUUCAAGAUGUUUAUUUGCAUGUAAUGCUGCUUGCUUUGGGAAAUUGAUGGAGAUAUAGUGGUUCAGACUGAACCCAAAGACAAGAGAUGUCUUUGCUGACGGAUGUUUUUGGGUUUCAUAUACUCAAUGGAAUAUUAAGUAUGUUGGCCUACACCAUUGCCACUUCAGUCUGUGCCAUUCCAUGCGUAUUUUACUUUUCAAUAUUGUACGAGGAUUUAUUUAUACUUUAUGAUGUAUUGUCACACUUGAUCCUUCAAUUCAGUGCCAGUAUUCCACUUAUGUCAUACUGCACCAUUAUUUUAUUAUUUUCAUAAAUACCAUUGAUAAAACAUAUGAAUUGAUGUGAACAUACUCUAUAAUUUCCUACAUGUUACAUUGUAUAUUUUGGUGACAUUGUCAGCUUUGAUGUAUUGUUGAUGGUGGCUGAAGUUCUGGAUGAAGUUUUCACAGAUGCCGUGCUCAAAGAUGGUGUCCUAACAUGAUAUACUAAGUUCUGGCUCUUGACUCUGCCAUCUACCCAUCAUACAAUGUGCUACAUUUAGGGCUAUUUCCAAUCAGACCUGCCUUAACCCACGAUAACUGACAACUGCAUAGCAGUUUGUGUUUUUAUUUGGAUUAUUUUUGAGGUGUAACAUCGUUGGAGCUGCCAAAUCAGCAAGUGACUCCCGGCAUUAUACCUAUCGCAGACAUUGCCAUUGGAUGCACGAGUCGCAUUAGUAUAAAUCCCAUGCAGCCUUGUUGUUUCAAGCUCAAACACUGGAAUGUGUGCUGUAAUCUACACCCCAAUUAGGCUGAAAUCAAUCCUUAUUCAUUUGUUUAAUGAGUUUCAAUUUGAGUGUCACUUUCUAUAUAGCCUACACUUUCUCAUUCUGAACUUCUAAUGCGGGUGGGUUGUAUAGACAGGUGUGGUUUUGUGACAUGGUGAGAAGAGCUGCUCCAACGCAGUUACACCGCUGACAUCUAAACAAAAGCAAAGAAAUUGCUAUGCAGUUGUCGGGAAUGGCAGGUUUACGCUGAAACGGAUUGAAUAGGCCUGAAAGGUCUUGCACAGUCAAAUCAUGUUUAUGAAAUUUGAUGAUAUUUGGAUGAAACCAGAUCAAAGUAGGAAAAAUGACUAUUGCUUCUACAUUGAUGAAAGUUUGAUCAUAUAGUUACUGGUCCAUUCCCCCAUUUGGAUUCAGGAGGCGGAUUAUUAAGGGCUUUUUGUGACAUUACAAAAUCCUCUCAUUUUAAUACACCAAUUUAAAUAGGUAUCGCCUUGUAACCAAUAUCGCGGAGGGGAGUGGUUUAGGUAGCUAGUCUAGUGGUGCUACAAUUUGACUGCAGCAUGUCUGCAAAUACAAUGAUGUUUCCCCUAUUCAUCUAAGGCAAAUAUACUUUGGUUUGUACUUUCAUCUGUGUCUGGUGUUAGCUAGGAACUGGUUGGCUCGGUCUUCAGCCAGCAUGGAACAAAAGCGGGGGAAUGGUUCCCCAAAACCCAAGUAAUUACACAUGUCAAACGGGAGAUUCAUCUAAACUUCUUGACUAUCGUUAAUAGUCAUGCUAUAUGGACAUUGCCUGACUCCCUGGACAGUAAAAAAAAAAAAGAUACACUCAUCUAGUCCCGGGUCAGACCACCCUUUGCCUCCAGAACAAUUUGAAUUCAUUGGGGCAUAGAUUCCACAAGGUGUCGGAAAUGUUCCACAUGGAUGUUGGUCCAUGCUGACACGACAGCACCACGCAGUUGCAGCAGAUUGGACGUCGGAACGUGUGGUACGUUCAUGCUGUGAACAGGUUUGGUCAGUGACAAUGUUCAGAUGCGCUGUGGCGUUCAAUCGUUGCUCAAUUGGUAUCAAGGAACCUAAUAUGUGCCAGGAAAACAUUCCACACACCAGUACACCACCAGCCUGUACCGGUUGACACCAGGCAGGAUAGGUCCAUAAACCCAUUCUGCUUACGCCAACUCCUGAACUGGGAUUCCUCGGACUAGAGGAUGUUUUUUUCACUCCUCAAUUGUCCUGUGUUGGUGAUGGCGUGCCCACGGGAGCCGCCGCUUCUUGUUUUUAGCUGAUAGGAGUGGAACAUGGUGUAGUCAUCUUCUGUAAUAGCCUAUCCUUGACGAGUUGUGCUUUCCGAGAUGCCGUUCUGCACGCUACUGUUGGACUGCGCUGUUAUUUGUCUGUUUGUGGCCAUCAUGAUAGCUUGUACGAUUCUUGCCAUUCUCCUUUGACCUCUCUCAUCAACAAGCUAUUUUUGCCCACAGGAAUGCUGCUGACUGGAUAUUUUUUGUUUGCUGCAACAAUCUUGGUAAACCCUAGACACUCGUUUGUGAAAAGCUCAGUAGGGUCGGCCGUUUCUGUGAUACUGGAUCCGGUGCGCCUGGUACAGAUGAUCAUACCAUGCUGAAAGUUGCAUAGGUCACUUGUUUUGCACAUUCUAGUGUUCAAUUGAACAGAAACUGAAUGGCUCAAUGCCUGUCUGCCUACUUUAUAUAGCAAGCCAUGUGACUCAGUGUCUGUAGGAGCAUUUUUUGUGAAACCAUGUGCCAUUGCUUUGUGUACCAGCAAAUUUACUUGAGAUAAUCUCACCGCAACACUGCGUCCAUGUUGCUUGACAUACAGUUGAAGUCAGAAGUUUACAUACACUUAGGUUGGAGUCAUUAAAACUCGUUUUUCAACCACUCCACACAUUUCUUGUUAACAAACUAUAGUUUUGGCAAGUCGAUUAGGACAUCUACUUUGUGCAUGACAAGUCAUUUUUCCAACAAUUGUUUACAGACAGAUUAUUUCACUCUUAAUUCACUGUCUCACAAUUCCAGUGGGUCAGACGUUUACAUACACUAAAUUGACUGUGCCUUUAACCAGCUUGGAAAAUUCCAGAAAAUUAUGUAAUGUCUUUAGAAGCUUCUGAUAGGCUAAUUGACAUAAUUUGAGUCAAUUGGAGGUGUACUUGUGGAUGUAUUUCAAGGUCUACCUUUUUUUGCCUUUUUGCUUGACAUCAUGGGAAAAUCAAAAGAAAUCAGCAAAGACCGGCAAACAUUUUUUGAAAGACCUCCACAAGUCUGGUUCAUCCUUGGGAGCGAUUUCCAAACGCCUGAAGGUACCACGUUCAUCUGUACAAACAAUAGUACGUAAGUAUAAACACCAUGGGACCACGCAGCCGUCAUACCGCUCAGGAAGGAGACGAGUUCUGUCUCCUAGUGAAACAUACUUUGGUGCGAAAAGUCAAUCCCAGAACAACAGCAAAGGCCCUUGUGAAGAUGCUGGAGGAAACAGGUACAAAAGUAUCUACAUCCACAGUGAAACGAGUCCUAUAUUGAUUGACAUAACCUGAAAGGCCGCUCAGCAAGGAAGAAGCCACUGCUCCAAAACCGCCAUAAAAAAACAGACUACGGUUUGCAACUACACAUGGGGACUAAGAUCGUACUUUGUGGAGAAAUGUUCUCUGGUCUGAUUAAACAAAAAUAGAACUGUUGAGCAUCGUCAUGUUUGGAGGAAAAUGGGGGAGGAAAAGCAAGCCAAAAGAACACCAUCCCAACUGUGAAGCACGGGGGUGGCAGCAUCAUGUUGUGGGGGUGCUUUGCUGCAUGAAGGACUGGUGAACUUCACAAAAUAGAUGGCAUCAAUAAAUGGCAACAUCUCCAAACAUCAGUCAGGAAGUUAAAGCUUGGUUGCAAAUUGGUCUUUCAAGUGGACAAUGAUCCCAAGCAUACUCGGAAGGCUACCUAAAGCGUUUGACCCAGGUUAAACAAUUUAAAGGCAAUGCUACCAAAUGCUAAUUGAGUGUAUGUAAACUUCUGAACCACUGGGAAUGUGAUGAAAGAAAUAAAAGCUGAAAUAAAUCCUUCUCUCUACUAUUAUUCUGACAUUUCAUUCUUAAAAUAAAGUGGUGAUCCUAAGUAACCCAAGACAGGAAAUUUUUACUAGGAUUAAAUGUCAGGAAUUGUGAAAAAUUGAGUUUAAUGUAAUUGGCUAAAGUGUAUGUAAACUUCCGACUUCAACUGUAGGCUUUUUUCAAGAACUGUCAGUAAAGGUGAGGUGAAAAAAUCCUACAAUGUGAUUUUCUGGAUUUUUUUUCUUCUCAUUUUGUCUGUCAUAGUUGAAGUGUCCCUAUGAUGAAAAUUACAGGCAUCUCUCAUCUUUUUAAGUGGCAGAACUUGCACAAUUGGUGGCUGACUAAAUAAAUGUUUUGCCCCACUGCAUAUAAACCAUUACAAUAAAAAACAUGAUUUAAAGUCCUGAACAAUCAUUCUGAUUCCCAUGUAAAAUAUCCUUUUGAGUGACUAAAACAUGAUCCACAAUAUAUUUUUCUUUUUGUAUGUUUUUUGGGGGUAUUUCUAGGAAUGGGGGUUUCAAAGAAAGUGAUCACACUUGGAAAGUGUGGAAAUUGGAUAUGCAGUAUUGUAUUUAUUAUCCCAAAGUGUCCAGAAAGACUGACUAACGUACUGUAAUAUAACUUAAGUUGUAACCUAUUUAUGGAUUGUUCAUACUUAACUAUGUGGUAUGAAUGUAUAGUUAAUGUGUUAAGCCUUAACUACUAGAUGAAUGGGAAGAAAGAAUGAAGACUGUGCCACCCACACCUGUGCAUGGUGACCAACUCAAGUUUUUGGUAGUUUGGAAGUAAAAAAUAUAAUAGCUGUACUGGAAUGAAUACAUUGCUGAAGGCUAUUUGGACUAUUUGAUAUGAAGUAUUUGUUUGAUAUGAAUUUGUACACUUUCUAGAGUAGAAUAGAGUCAAACAGAGGGUAUGAAACGAAAAGUGCAUUUUGACAUUAUUACUUUGUAUCAGAUAUAUUUAACCUAGCCUGGUAGCAGAUUCGUAUGUUUUUUAAAAUCCAAGUCCUCUGUCAGUCUUUGUAUGCCAUAAACUGUUGCUUACACGGCAGUGGAGUUGGUUAUAAAGCACAAACUGGGCUGGUACCAGGCUAUAUUUGCCUCUCCUGCUGCUGUAUAUUUUAGUAGCCUACCAGUUGCUGUUGUUUUGUUCCAAAUCAUCUCUCAAACCCACACUCAUCCAUGUGACUGAUAAUGAAAGGGACUGGAAUUGAGGCCAUUCCCUGGUGAUGAGAAGAUUGAAGAAUGUCUGUGUAUUUCUCGGAACAAAUUAAGGAGAGUGGUGAAACACUACACAUUUUGAUGACAAUUUGACUAAUCUAAUUUAUUUUACCCUCCUACACCUUUAUUUUGUAAACUAUAGGUAAUUUCAUUCAAAUAAUAUUUGUAAAUGUUUAUGGUAUGUAUUUAUGUGCAAUGACGACUUUGGGGAAAUGUUUUACCUUGUGUUUUUUUUUCAGAGAAUAAAAGAUUUAAUUAAAUGUGAACAC